ACGGUGCGGGAGUUUGAGGCGCGGUGGGAGAGGAAGUUGUGGUUGAGCUGCUUGGCGGUGGAGAGUUGGGCUUUUCGGGAGCGGCGGGCGCGUCAACAAAGGGGGGAGGUUGAGAGAACGACUGGGGAGGGCGUCGUUGUUACCGAGCAGGAGGUCUUUGCCGAGGGGAGGAGACGGAGGGAAAUGGCAGCGCUGAAGAGGGAGUUGUACGGCGGCGGGGUCGGGGUGGAGGGGAAGUUGGCGGGGGAUCCGGAGUGGGAUGAUGUCGUGCCGGUGGUGCUGGAGGAGCCGGAAGGAGCGCUGGCGGCGAUUGCGUACCCGGCGGAGUAUGCCGAAGCUAUGGCCUACCUCCGCGCCGUGAUGCAGGCGAAGGAGUACUCGCCGCGCUGCCUGCGCCUCACCGAGCACAUCAUCGCCAUGAACCCGGCGCAUUACACGGUGUGGCUGUACCGCGCAUCCAUCGUCUUCGCGCUUCAGCUGCCAAUCCCCGACGAGAUCGCAUGGCUGAACGGCGUCGCGCUUGCGAACCUCAAGAACUACCAGAUCUGGCACCACCGCCACCUGCUCGUCGAGAACUACUUCCCCACCAUCGCCGGCGACCCGGACGCCAUCGCGGCCUUCGCCGCCUCAGAGCGCGAUUUUCUGCGCCAGAUCCUCGCCGAGGAUACCAAGAACUACCACGUCUGGUCCUACCGGUCCUACCUGGUCGGCAAGCUGGGCCUGUUUGGCAGCGCCGAGGAGCUGCAGGCGAUUGAGGCCAUGAUCGACGACGACGUGCGCAACAACUCUGCCUGGUCGCACCGCUUCUUCCUGGUUUUCUCCAACCCGGCGCACGCCACGCCUGGCGUCGCCGCCACCGAGCCCGACCCCAAGGUGCCGCAGGCCGUGGUCGACCGCGAGGUGGCGUAUGCCGAGGACAAGAUACGGCUGGCACCACAGAACCAAAGCGGGUGGAAUUACCUUCGAGGCGUACUGGUCAAGGGCGGGCGGAAGCUGGCGACGGUGGAGGAGUUUGCCAGCGAGUUCGUCACGGGGCUGGGCCAGGGCGACGGAGGGGAAGAUGUGCUGAGCACGCACGCGCUGGAUCUGCUGGCGGAGAUUUAUGCGGAGAAGGGAGACAAGGAGAUGGCGGAUUUGAGUCUGAGGCGGCUGGGUCAGAAGUGGGAUCGGAUCCGGGUCGGGUAUUGGGAAUGGCGGCGGAAGUGCUUGGAGACGCCGGCGUGA